AUGUUACCGACGUCAGUCCAGUCCCGAUUGCCGGCUCUUCAGUCGUUCCGCCGGUCUACAAGCCGGUAUAUCUCACCCUCUCGGCGGCGUUCUAUAACAUCUCAAGAUGAUAUGGAGCCUGUGGUCAUCGCAAGAAGAGAUGCGAAUGCAAUUGUUGAGUUACAAACAUGUACCGCAGCAGCAGGUGUCGCCAACAAUAGACUCGCGGAGGACAAACCAAAGCCCUCCGGUCCCGACGGUCGUGUUAUGAAUACAAGCUCAGGCGUGAAGUGGAGGUAUGCUAGGCAAGGAUCCUUUCUACAGCAGUCGGCUUCCCAAGAAACGGCAGACCUAAUAUUUGCGAGGAAAUCGUAUAUCGACGGCGUUGCAUAUAUGCUCAAGGCACUCCCGGACGACAUGGACGAGUACGAAGUUAGCAUCAUCCACCGAGCACUGCCGAAGUCAUGCGCACAAUUAGGUAUGAAUGGUCAGAUCAAGGGCGAUCCAGGUUGGCGGCCGUCUGACAGAGCAAAGACGUUUCUCCACUCAGCGGUUCAAGGAUUCGUUACUGGCCUUGUUAUCUUUAUCUACCUACUUUUGUCCUUCUUUGCGAUUGUUAUCCGCGCCGGAGCAUACUACGAGCGCCAGUACAACAUCUCACAGCACAUCAUCUCUAAUAGCUUCGUCUUCGCCACUACAGUCGGGAAGCAGAGUGGAGCUUUGAGCGAGAAGAUAUCCGCCUUAAGCGAAGGUAAACUUGGGAAGGUAAUGUCUGACCUUGCCACCUGGACUAUAGAGAGCGUUGCUGGAGGCGUUCAAGAUGGUAUCGGACAGGGUCUACAAUUGAUCGAGCAGAGACAGAAAUGA